AUGUCCAAGAAAAUAGCACUAUCUAACAAUAAAAGCAAGCUCUCUCUCGCAUGCUCGGCGGAAACAAUUGCGAGCAAUGUUGAUCUUCUAACAGGAAUACUCCUACGAGUCCCCACCAAAUCACUCAUCAGAUUCAAAUCCGUAUCCAAACAAUGGCUCUCUCUCAUCUCCGACGCCCAAUUCUGCCGAAACAAUACCCAACAAAAUCCCUCUCCUCCCAUCUCCGGCCUCUACUUCUACUCCAACUGCGACCGAAUUACCCGUGUCUCAUUUCAUGAUCACCCACGGGCAACUCUUCCAAAUUUCUCAUUUCUCGAUGGAUCAGGAUCUGGUUCUGAAACAAUAGUACGUCACUCUUCCAAUGGCUUGAUGCUGUGCACCAUUGAGUUUUACGAUUUUGUAGUUUGUAAUCUGACCACCCAAAAGUUCGUGGUUCUUCCCAAACUCGCCCUUCAUGCGAUCAGGUUUCAAUAUUACUUGAUUUAUGAUCCUAAGAAGUCACCUUACUAUAAAGUUGUGGUUGUUAGUUUUGCUUAUGACUUGCAAACUUCCCAAUUUGAUGUGUACUCUUCGGAGAGAGGCUCUUGGAAAAGCACAGUUGCCACCCCUAGGAUUCCCAACGUAGGAUAUGGGGCCGUUUGGAAUGGAAAAAUCAUUUGGAUGAGUUGCUGGCCGGGUCGGGAGAGUUGCUCGAAGCAUGAUCACUAUUACUUUCAAUUCGACUUAGAUGCAGAGAGGCCAACUAUGACUGGAGUGCCAUCCCCGGCCGGUUAUCAUUCUAAGGGGAUUCUGUAUUUUGGAGAAUGUGGGGGUCGUUUGCUUCUUAUACAAAAUCCUAAUCGGUACUGUGGUACAGAAUUCUGGGUGCUUGAGAUGAUAGACGGAGAGAGUAAGUUUCGGUGGACUGUCAAAUACAGAGUUGAUCUAAAACCCUUACCAUUGCCACCGAGAAGCACCUGUGGGUUUUCGGUGGUAAGUGUUAUGAAUGUGGGAGCAAAAGCAAAUGAUCUGGCAGUGGUGUUAUACGCCGGAGGCAAAUUCAUACGAUAUAACAUCAAGUGUAAGACAUUGAAGGUGCUUUGUGAUUCGGAAGGAGGUGACUUUCCAGCUUGCUUAUCCCGUCCUUGUCACUUCAUUGAAAGUCUAAUGCCUGUUUGA